AUGGAGGAAACGCCAAUGGGCGAGUCCAUCAAGAUAUCCUGUGAGCGAUGUCGUCGUCGCAAGAUAAAGUGUGAUCGCAAGCGACCUUGCUCACGCUGUGUCAAGGCCGGCACGGAAUGUAUCCUCAGCGGCAGCGGAGAGAAGCAACGUCCAAUAUCCAAAGGCUAUGUUCAGGCUCUGGAGGGCCAAGUGGCGUCUCUUGAGCUGUUGAUCCGCAAGCUCGCUGUUGCUGAUAGCGUAGAGAGAGAUGACAUGCUAUCCGAGAUAGUCCUCUCACCACCAGCCUCACUCGGCACCUCACAAAAGUCACCAACAGACCACCCCAAGACCAACACCGAUCCUAAAGUCGUCGCUGCCCAGGUCCGUUCCGGGCAGUUGAGGCGGCCUCGAUCUAGCCAUGCAACUCAGUUCUUUGGCGGCACCAGCGCAUUUCACAUCCAUCUCUCCCAAGAAGUCUCGUUGUCGCCAGAUGAGAUGCCUUCUCAUAUUGAAACUAAUACUGCACCUCACAUGAUGAGUAACAUACCGGAGACGAGCACUUCUAGUAGCCCAAGUGAUCCUAACUUUGUAUACGCACCCCACGACGAGACUUCGCAGGCAUGCAUGGCCGCCUACUUCAAGCACCAGUACCAGUUCCAUAUGCUCAUAUACCGAGAAUACUUCCUACGGGAUUACGAUGUGGGCUCGGGCAGAUAUUACUCGGACGCUCUGCUAUUCGCCAUUUGCUCCCUGGGUGCCAUGCAACUCGACGACUUCCGCUCAGUGUCAGAUAUCUUUGCCCACCAGGCUCAGCAACUUAUCUACGCAGCCCUCGACAGUCCAGAACUCACCACUCUGCAAGCACUAGCUCUUCUGGGAUACCGUGAGAUUGGUGUAGGCCACACUUCAAAGGGCUGGCUGUUUGCAGGCAUGGCCUUCCGCCUCGCCCAUGAGAUGGGUCUGCACCUUGACCCGAACAACUGGGACGCUUCAACAGAAGGGGCUUCGAAUCGCGAUACGGAAAUUCUAAGAAGAGUCUACUGGGCCAUAUUUAUCGCUGACAAGCAACUGAGUCUCUAUUUUGGACGACCGCCAGCUUUGCACCCCAGCGAGUCAGACGUCCGUAACACCAUUAGACUACAGUAUCCGCCAGACUGGGAGGGCCUUCUCGACACGUACAUAUGCAAAGGUGCCUCAGCAACGGAAUUUGAGGACGGUGUCGCCCUCGUUGGAUCCUUCAUUUACCAGGCAGAACUAUGCAAGAUUGCCCAUCUCAUGAUUACGGAUCUCUUUGAGAACCGUCGAGGUAAUGUAGACGCGACGGUAGCUGCAGCCAGAUCACGGCAAAUACACGUGUCACUCACAAAGUGGCUCUCGAGUCUUCCAGGAACUCUUCACUGGAACCAAUGGACCGUGGGUGUGGUGCAACCCUCUGUACUUCGCAUGCACAUGAUGUUCCAUACGAUCAUGAUCAUCUUACAUCGACCGCCUACGCAUAUGUAUGAGAAGCAGGGCAUUGCUGAGAGCGAAGAUGUUGAGAUUUGCUACGAGUCACUACAGGCUAUUCUACGUCUCAUGAGGACAUACUCACGACACUAUCGCUUCCGCUCACUCCCACUAGACUUUGUACAGACACUUUCCACCGCAGCAGGCACCAUCAUGAUGAAGCGGUUCUUCCAGGGCGCCUCGUGGGAGGACCCGGACAUUGCACGAUCGCUGUCAACCAUCAUCGACGCGAUGGAGGAGGUCCAGCGCACAUGGCCAUGCAUGGGUGAGAUCAAAGACUAUGUCGAGCGGGCUCGCACUGCACAAGUAGUGAUGCCUCCUGAAGAUCCCCUCAUCGGGCCAGAUCUCAUGAAUGGGCUGGAAAUGGGCCAUGACGUGACAGCGGAGCUCAUGGCUCAAUGGGGCGAGGAGCUAGGCACGCUUGUGACGGAUGAGUUUUUGAGUAUGCAACUCCAAGGUACAGAACCAGGAGUGAUGGCGCCUUUCGACUUUAACCAGCCGCCUUUAGGGCCUUGA